UUGUCCUCAUUUCCCCCUAAGCUGUGCUCUCUCCUAUCCAUCUCUGCGCGCCCUUUCUCUCUCUCUGCGCCCAAUCACCGCCAAAUCCGACGGUCACCGGCAGCCUCUUCUCCGGCGAGUUCUCGGAAUCAAACCCUAGCUGAAGCAUCCAAAUCCAAUCGAAUCGAAUCGGGAUGGGAGUUGAUUACUACAACAUACUGAAGGUGAACAGGAAUGCGAGCGAGGACGACCUCAAGAAGGCGUACAAGCGGCUGGCCAUGAUAUGGCACCCCGACAAGAACCCCACGAGCCGCCGGAGCGAGGCGGAGGCCAAGUUCAAGCAGAUCUCCGAGGCCUACGACGUCCUCAGCGACCACCAGAAGCGCCAGAUCUACGACCUAUACGGCGAGGAGGCCCUCAAGUCCGGCCAGUUCCCGCCGCAGCCUAAUGCCAGAGCCGGCGCGGGGCACUACAGGCAACACCACGGCGCCGGUGCUGGCAGCAGCCAGUACAAUGGUGCUGGGUUCAGGUUCAGUCCGAGGGAUGCUGAGGAUAUUUACGCGGAGUUCUUUGGAUCGGAAUCCACCAGCGGUGGAGCCAGAGGAGGUAGAGGGUUCAGGGACGGCUUCUAUAGGGCUUCGAAUAGUGGAGCUAGCAGCAGUGCAUCCAGUGGCGCCACCGGAGAGAUGAGGAAGGGGCCUCCGGUGGAAAAUGUGUUGCCUUGCAGCUUGGAGGAGCUUUACAGGGGAGGCACGAGGAAGAUGAAGAUCUCGAGGAUGGUCUUCGACACAUUCGGUAAGCAGUGUAAUGUGGAGGAAAUUUUAACCAUUGAGGUCAAACCUGGAUGGAAGAAGGGGACGAAGAUCACUUUUCCUGAUAAGGGGAACCAGGAGCAACCCGGUGUUAUCCCUCCUGAUCUUGUUUUUGUGAUAGAUGAGAAGCCUCAUGCUGUUUAUAGGAGGGAUGGUAAUGAUCUUGUGGUUGACAAGGAGAUAACGCUGCUCGAGGCACUCACUGGUAAGACCCUCGAACUCACAACGUUGGAUGGAAGGAAUCUCAUGAUCCCGCUUACGUAUAUUGUCAAACCUGGUGACGAUAUGCUUGUCCCGGGUGAAGGAAUGCCUAUCUCCAGAGAACCCGGGAAGAAAGGAAAUUUGAAAAUCAAGUUCGAUGUGAAGUAUCCUUCAAGACUUACUUCAGAACAGAAAGCUGAAUUAAGAAGGGUUCUCGGUGGAGUUUCUUGAUAAACUAUCUCAUUAUGGAGUUUUGAGUCAGUAGUGAACACGUUAACCCUGUUAGAUAUUCCUGUUAUGUGGAAUGUAAAUACGGGAUGCUUAAAUUAUUGAGGAGUGUGAAUACUAGGAAUUUUUUAGGGUGAAGUCGGCUGUGGUGUCAGUAUGCUGCUAAUUUUCUCAUUGGAUGCAGCAUCAUCUGGACUGCUUGUGGCGAUGAAAAUUGUCUGGGUCGGAUUGUUUCACAGGUCUAACAAAAAGUAGUUAAGACUUGAGAAUGUCUACCGAAUUCAAUUGUCCAUUUUGCUUUUCGCGUAUAGUUUCGAAGCUUGGAAACAAUAUUAUUUUUGUUGUUGCAUAAAUGUCGAGCUAUCAGCUAUGUACUGACAAUUUUAACUGCUCUAUAUGUCGUGCUCGAUGGUUUGCUCGUUCUCAAUAUUUAUUGAAUCAUACAGCAUUUAGCCAUUCCAUUUGUA